CGCGAACUUACAACCAUAUUCGAAACCCACCCAGUUCCUGAUCAAUGUCAUCCACCCUUCGAUGACAACCCUGAUCGGUCAAAAGGUCGUCGAGGGGCUAUUCCCCCUAAUCACGGAAACCCUCCUCUUCAAUGACUGGGCCGACCUUGCCUGGUCCUAUGAGCAUGAAAAGCAUCGUGUGGACCUCAUCUUGGAAGGCCACAUAGCUAAAGCAGAAGAGAAGAAAAGGAACUUGAUCAAGGAAAGCGAGGGGAUAUUGGGGAGAACCACUAGAUUGGAAGAGACCCUCAAGAAGAUUUGGGAAGUCGGCGGGGAUCUUGAGGUUACGGACACUAAAACGGGAGGGGACGAGUAUGACCAAGCGCUCAUGGGGAUAAUGGGGGAGGCGGAGGAGGAGUUGAGGCAGCUCUUGGAUAACCAACCUCUGCCCCCUCCUCCACCUGAGGGAGUGGGGCAUGGAGCGGAUCGGAACAGGAGCAACGAUUUCGUUCCCAUUGGCUCUGCGCAGUGGCUCGAGGGUACGGUACGGCGGCAGCAGGAUAGGGGAUGGGUAGGAAGUGGUUUUAACAACCUGGCCCCGAUUAAUAUCAAGGGCUGGAAAUUCCUAGCUGACCUUUCGAAGAGUGAAGUUGAGGAAUGCCGAAGGAAGGCGCUAGCGGGGACGCUGGACUAUGCUAAUGCUACCCCGCACUCCGGCGGCAAGCUCUCCUUCCUCACCCUGAGUGUGCUGGACCCCACCAGAUGUGUGUUUGCUAACCCUGUGGUUAUGCAGAAAAUGAUCCCAUCAUCCCUUAGCCUGGACCUAAGGAAUCUCCGCAGGGUGUGGAAUGCGGGUCGCCCAUACCUCAAGUGCAGAUGCGGAUACAAAAACUCCCGCACCUGUAACGGUGGACCGAUCUGGUUCGAUCAAGCGAUCUGGUAUUUAAUGGCCAAACCGGAGAUUGUGAAACCAGAGGCGGGAUCAAACCGGGUCAGGAUCGCGUUCCUUCUCCACCACCUGCUCAACUCCUGGAGGGAGCUUGCUAAAGCUUCCGUUACUUUUAUCUGGAUGAGGGAGAUGAUGCUCACGGUGCUACGUAAUCUCGAACGCAAUCCUGAGCUUAUGACAGCCGAAGCUCUUGCAGGCAGUAACUUCAAAGCACAUGCCUGCCCCAGGAUCUUGGCCAACUUGAUUCUUACCACCCGAAUCACUCCGGGACUUCCAGCCCCGGAAUUGCCAAACCCGAAGAAGAGGAAGAAUAAGUCACCCAUCAAUGCGAGAAACAAGAAAGUCUACCCAAUGUCCCCAUGACAGCAGACCCUCUUGAAUUCUAUCAGAGUAGCAGCUACCCCCCUAGGAGCUGUUGCUGCUUCUUUGAGCCCGGCAAGUGUGACUAGCAGCCAACACUC